AUUCCAUCCAAAAUUUCGGCGUAGCUCGACUUGUUUAUUUCGAGUGAUUAAGCUAAACUGAGAGCCCUUGUCUUACCCGACCCCUCAGUGCUCCCACUCAGAUCCAGGCAGGGAUCGACAUGGAGAAGAUGAGCAGAGCAUUGGAGAGGGCUAAGAUGCUUGUUGGAAUGGAGGUGGACGAGGAAGUACCUGCCGAAGCGCCCUCCUUUUUCGAUGACUUCAACCGACAGUGCACGCUUACUACCCAGCAGAGGCUGUAUGGGUUUGCGGUUUGCUUAGCUGCUGGUCUAGCAUGUACUUUCCUGUCAAUACUUGUUUUCUUCAACCCUAUCAAAUUUGGAAUAACAUUUACUUUCGGCAAUUUGCUUGCACUCGGGAGCACAGCAUUCCUUAUCGGGCCCAAAAGGCAAUUUGAUUUGAUGCUUGAUGCUGUUCGUAUAUAUGCAACAGCCAUAUAUAUGGCAAGCCUCAUAAUUGCUCUAUUCUGUGCUUUUUAUGUUCACAGUAAACUUUUAACACUUUUGGCCAUUAUAUUAGAGUUUGGUGCUCUUGUAUGGUAUGGUCUGAGCUACAUUCCUUUUGCCCGAUCAAUGGUUUCAAAGAUCUUUUAUGCUUGCUUGGACACGGAGUUCUGAGCUUCACUCAGUUUUGCUUAUGGAUUGCAAAUUGGUUCAAUUAAUGGAUUUUUUUCCCCCUUUUUUUAUAAAUGGGAGUGAAUGCAGUACAUGUUAUUGAAACACGUUACGAUACUUUAAUGUUUGCUUCCAUUUCUGUAAAUAGAAGAGCUAUGUUCCUUGUCAAUUAAAUGAAAUUUUAUUUCAG